UAGCUGUACGCUUAAGAUUUAUUUGUUCAUUAUUACCAGUUUUAUUUAUUCUCUUAAUAAUAGGCGUCAUGUUUAUUGUGUUGUACAAUAUAAAAAAGCAUCAUGCAUAACAUCAACUUUUAAAUUUUCAUUACCGACAACGAACAUUGCUAAAGUUGUUAAACAUUCUAUUAUAUCCGGUUCUUCAAUUAAACGAAAAGUGUUUUUUAAUUCUCUUUUUAUUGAUUCAGCUAAAUCAAGUAAUAUGACAGUAAAUAAUUCAAUAGAUAAUGAGGAUGAUUCUUGA